AUGGCUGACAAUGCUAUGGCCGCCUACUGGGAACUCCCAGCCAUCUCUCGAAACCUAGUCACUGCUACAGUGUUGUCGUCCCUUGCCUGUAAGGUCGGACUUGUCUCGGCCUACAGUGUGGUUCACCAUCCGUCAUAUCUUUGGAUGAUCCCUCCUCAGAUCUGGCGUCUCGUGACAUGCUUCUUGAUCGAACUGCAACCCAUCAGUCUGCUUAUGAACUCGUUCUUCCUCUAUCGCUAUUGCGUUUCGCUAGAGAUGGGAAACAGCCGUUUCCCGCGCAAGGUCGAUCUUGUCUAUUAUAUUCUCUUCGUCUGCUCAGUAAUUUUGAUGAUCGACUACCUUGCCGGCCUUAACAGCAUGUUCUACAUGAACGGCCUCAUUCUUGCCAUGACGUACACCGUGACCCAGGACCAACGAGGUCAGAAAGCCCAAUACUUCGUCCUUACUAUCCCAGCCCAGGCUCUGCCAAUCUGUAUGAUUGUUGUCGGUGCGCUCAUGGCCGGACCGUACAAGGCUUUGGUCGAGGUUGAAGGUCUGGUUGCUGCUCAUCUCUACGACUUUUUGUCCCGACUCUGGCCAGAAUUCGGCAACGGCCCUCAGUUAUUGAGAAUUCCUGCCUGGCUCGAGCGUCUGGUGCAAACUCCUAGGGUUCUCCAAAGAGGCUUUGGUACUGCUGUUCGACCUGGCAACGCGGCCUCUACUGGCAGCAGCUCUGGCGUGGACAAGGGUGGCCCGCUGCCAGACUCGUGGCGGACUCGCGGCCGAGGUCAGCGAUUGGGCUGA